CCAGGUGAUGCUGUCCAAACCCGACUGAGUGCGGAUCCGCGAAACACGAAUGGAUCCCUAUUUAAGACGGAGCUGGAGAAGGCUUUUACACUUAUUAUCCUGGUAUUUUAUCCUCAUUUAUCAAGCGCAUCUUUCCUGGGGUGUGGAUGAAUUUAAUAACAGCGGGAGCAGCAGGAUAAAGCAUCAGAAAUGGGACACCGCUUCCCAGGGAGGGCAGCACCUCCAGAGGACAGUCGCUACAUUAGAAACCAACGUAUCUGCCCCCAGUCAACCACUGGUCAAUGGGGCUGCUGUGUCAAAUCUUACAUCCUUCAAAGACAGGACACCAAACGUCUCAUCGAUCCUGAGCUCUGGCCAACUGUCUGCAGUCAUGGCACCAUCUAGUAAAACACCACCAAGAACAAUGCCUUCCAGUCAAUCACCAGCUGAGACAGCACCAUCCAGACACUCACAAACCAGCUCACUAACAGGCAGUGAAUUACCAACUGCAUCAGCAUCACCUACUCAGUCACAAGGCAGCAGAACAGAAAUUGGACAAUCACCAGGAAGCAUAACAGAAAACAGCCCAGUAUCAUCCAGCCAAUCAUCAGCUGGGAAAACCCCAUCUAAUCAAUCACAAACAAGUUCUGUACCACUCAGUAAAUCAUCACCACCCGCAUCAGUUUUCCCAUCACAGGGCAGCACAGAACAAACCAGCCAACUGCUAGGGAGCACAGCUUUAUCUAACCAAUUACCAACAAAGACAGUGCCAUCAAAAAAUUCACAAACCAGUGCAGUUCCAGACAGUCAAUCACCAACCACCUCAGCAUCAACUAGCCUAUUAAAAGGCAGCAUGGAACAAAACAGCCACUCAUCAAGCAGCACGUCACUGUCAAAUUCAGCACCAUAUGACCAAUUCAUGACCAGCUCAGUAACAUUAAAUGAAUCCAGUUCAGUGUUACUGGGAAACAUGGACAACGGAGCCCUUUCACCAGACCAACGUCCAGUCAAUACUUCAUUGCUGACCAGGCAGGUGAAGGAAGCCCUGAGGUCAUCGUUUCGUAGGAUUCCAGGGGAGCCCUGUGUGUUUCCUUGCUUGAACGGAGGAGAGUGCGUUCAGUCAGAGUCAUGUGACUGCAGCUUGUAUCAGGCUACUGGACACAGAUGUCAGACAGUUCCAAAUCCUGGCUUUGAGAGGGAGAUGACGUGUAGGACGUGGGGUCAGUACAACUUUGAGACCUUUGAUGGCCUCUACUACUACUUCCCAGGCCGAUGCACGUACACUUUACUGAGGGACUGUGAGGAAACCACCCAGGCCAGCAUCGUUGUCCAGAUCCAUAACGACCCAGGCUGUAGCUCAGCACCCUACACUUGCCAACGAUCUGUCAGUCUCUUCCUGCCAUGGGAGGGUGAGGUCCGGCUACAUGCCACCAACGUGACCUUCAAAGGCCAAAGUUUGCAGUUGCCUCAUCACAUCCAUGACCUGCAGCUGGAGCAGAUCUCACAAUACGUGCUGGUAACGCAGCAGCACGGCUUCACGCUGGCGUGGGAGGGACGAAGCGGCUCUGUCUACAUCAAACUCAGCCCAGAAUUUGUGGGCAGAACCUGCGGCUUAUGUGGUAACUUCAAUGCUGACGUCCAGGACGACCUGAAGACGAGCUAUGGUGUGCUGAGUCAUGAAAUAGAAAUGUUUGGGAAUAGCUGGGUAGAGACACAGCCACAUGAGGAAAGAUGUUCCAUGGUGCCCUCUGGCUUUCCUUCGCCUUGUGCUACAGUCGAAUCUCAUGUCUUGCUGAAGGUGGAAGAGGUAUGUGCAAUGCUGCUGGAUCCACCAUUUCAGAGCUGCCACGACUUUGUCAGUCCACUGUCCUACAUGGCCAGCUGCUCCAAUGACCUCUGCACGUCGGGUCCCAGCGGUGAUGUGGUAUGCCAGGUGUUCACCGAGUACGCCCGGGCAUGCGCCCAUGCUGACCACCCACUGCACGAGUGGAGGCAGCACAUUCCUCAGUGUGCGAAGCAGUGCUCUCUAGGCCUGCAGCACAGGGAAUGUAUUAGCUGCUGCCCGGAGUCCUGCAACCUGGAGCGAACAUGUAUCGACAGCAAGCUCGCCUGCCUGGAUGGAUGCUACUGUCCCGAUGGUCUAAUAUAUGAAGAUGGAGGCUGCGUGAUGCCCUCCGACUGUCCCUGUGAGUACCACGGUAUGUUUUAUCCAUCUGGUCAGACGCUGCAGGAGGAAUGCAAUACCUGUACAUGCGUGGGUGGAGUGUGGAACUGCACUGACCACAGCUGCCCAGUCGAGUGCUCAGUCACAGGUGACAUGUAUUUUCAAUCCUUUGAUGGGCGGAUCUACACUUUUCCUGCAACGUGCCAGUACGUGCUCGCCAAGAGUCGCAACUCAGGGAAGUUUACAGUCACCAUCCAGAACAUGCCCUGUGGAGCUAAUUUGGAUGGGGCCUGCAUACAGUCGGUUAACCUGGUAAUUGAUGAAGAUCCAAGAACAGAAAUUACACUGAGUCACAUCGGAGAGGUCUUCAUUGCUGGACAGUACCGCAUCUCCCUGCCCUAUUCUGAUGACCUCUUCCACAUCCAGGAGCUAUCGUCGAUGUUCCUCCAGGUGAGGACGAUGUCUGGCCUGCGUCUGCAGUACAGCUGGAAGGAGUUUCGCCUCUACCUGCAGGCUGAUGAGCUGUGGAAGGAUGACACUGUGGGGCUGUGCGGCACCUUCAAUGGCAACAUUCAAGAUGACUUCCUAUCUCCAUCAGGUAUGAUUGAAAGCACUCCUCAGCUCUUUGGAAAUGCCUGGAGGGUCUCGUCUGCUUGUUUGUCCAGCCUGAGUACGCCUCAGCUUGACCCCUGUGACACACACCAGCAGGCUGUGACCUAUGCUUCAGAGAUGUGCGAUGUGCUGAAUCAGGAUCUGUUCUCUGCCUGCCAUGAGUACCUUAGUCCAACACCCUUCCACCAGCAGUGUCGCUCAGACACGUGUAAGUGCGGGACGCCUUGCCUCUGCUCAUCGCUGGCCCACUACGCUCGCCACUGCCGCAGAUUCUCUGUCAUCAUCGACUUUCGGUCACACAUAUCCGACUGUGCUGUCACCUGUCCUGCCACCAUGCAGUAUGGCACCUGUGUGUCCUCCUGCCAGCGUCGCUGCUCCUCCCUCUCCGUCCCGCAGCACUGUGGGGAGGAGUGUGAAGAGGGUUGCGUCUGUCCUCAGGGCUCCUUCUACAACCACCGAACACACACCUGUGUGCACAGGAGCGAGUGUCCCUGCAGUUUCCUCGGAGCAGAUUACGAACCAGGAGAUGUGAUCAUGACUUCAGCAGGUGUUCAGCUCUGUCUGAAUGGUAGACUGGUGUCCCAAACACAAACAGACACUGGCAGGUUGUGUCCAGAGGGUCAGAUCUACCAGAACUGCUCAGAGGGGGAGGAUGACCUCCUGCCAGAAAGGGGUGUGGCCUGUGAGCGCACCUGUGAGUCUUACCUGCUCAACCUCACCUGCUCAGUACAUGAGCCCUGUCUGGCUGGAUGUGUCUGCCCACCUGGCCUGCUGAAACAUGGAGAUGAGUGUUUUGAACCUGCUGCGUGCCCCUGUCUGUGGAAAGGAAAAGAGUAUUACCCUGGCGACAGAGUGUCAUCCCCCUGCUACCAGUGUGUUUGCCAGCACGGGACGUUCCAGUGUGUGUUUCGUCCGUGCCCAUCCUUGUGCACGGCUUACGGUGAUCGCCACUACAGAACGUUUGAUGGGCUCUUAUUUGACUACGUUGGGGCAUGUAAAGUUUAUCUUGUAAAGAGCAGUGCUGAUGUGAUGUUCAGCGUCACAGCUGAGAAUGUCGACUGUUUCGACAGCGGAAUCAUCUGCAGGAAAUCACUGCUGAUCAACAUCGGAAGAUCAUUUGUAGUGUUUGAUGAUGACACUGGGAAGCCAAAUCCAUCCAGCGUGAUUGACAGGAAGCAGGGGAUGCUCAUCUGGCCAGCUGGAUACUUCACAGUGAUUCAUUUCCCAGAGGAGGACGUCACAGUCCUUUGGGACCGGAGGACCACAGUUCACGUCCAGGUUGGACCUCGCUGGCAGGGGAAGCUGAGUGGGCUGUGUGGGAACUUUGACCUGAAGACGGUGAACGAGAUGCGAACACCUGACAACAUCGACUCCCCCACACCACAGGAGUUUGGAAAUAGCUGGACUGCAACAGAGUGUGUAAACAGUCCAGAUAUCAGACACCCCUGCACUCUCAGUCCACUCAGAGAGCCUUUUGCGAAGCGACAAUGUGCUGUUCUGCUCAGUGAGAUCUUCCAGGCCUGCCACCCAGUGGUGGAUGUCACCUGGUUUUACAUGAACUGUCUGGCAGACACGUGUGCCUGCAGCCGCGGAGGCGACUGCGAGUGUUUCUGCACUAGUGUGGCGGCGUACGCCCAGCGUUGCUGCCAUCAGGGUGUACCUGUUGACUGGCGUUCCCCCUCUCUAUGCUCUUAUGAUUGUGAAUUCUACAACAAAGUUCUGGGUAAAGGUCCCUUCAGGCUUUUCACCUUCAGGGAUCGGACGGCCCUGUUGGCAGCCAGCAAGUCCAGUGGCUUUGUGUUCCUGCAGCGGGGCAACAUCAGCACCACCGACACCCCCGGCGUCCUCUCGCAGUUCAUGAUGACACCUGGCCUCAGCAGAGCUCGACCACAUGACACGUCACGGAUUUCCUUUGAGGCAGCUGACAGACCAAACUACUUCCUGUUUGCAAGCCCCAGAGGCCAUCUGACUUUGGCCAAGUGGGAGGAGAGCGAGGCAUUCUGGGAAAGAGCGACCUUCGUCCUCCGCAGGAACACCUGGAUCCCGGGCUAUGACUCGCUCGAGUCCCAUGCAAAACCUGGCUUCUUCUUACACGCCACUGUACCACGCCUCCACCUAAUCAAAUACAGACACACUGACAGCUUUCGCAAGGCCACACUGUUCAAACUGACAGGCCCCAACCCAGACACCCCGCCAGCUCCUCGCUGUCAGUGGAGGUACGACGCCUGUGUCAGCCCGUGUUUCAAGACAUGCAGCGACCCUUUUGCUGAAGCCUGUGUCACCAUCCCACAAGUGGAGGGUUGCCUUCCUGUGUGCCCCCUACACAUGGUCCUGGAUGAGGUCACCCGUCGGUGUGUCUAUAUUGAAGACUGUAUCAAGGUCCCAGUUACCGUGCUGCCCAUCACACCAUCCGCUGCACAGCCAACCUAUGCAGCUGCUACUUCUACAACUACUACAAGUACUACUGCCUCCACCAGUACCCUCAGUACAACCACCUCCAUUACUGCCACAUCUGCUGCCACUCCUCACACUGCUCCCGUGACCAAAGUCACUACCACUGUUCCAGAGGAGAGUGCGCAGACCACCUCCUCACAAACACCACCUGCCUUCAUCUUGCCCUCUGCACCUCCUAAACCUUCCAGUACAGUAGAGCCCCCAGCUCCCCCAAUGAUACCCACUGCUGUGAGUCCUGAGGUGGUGGCGCCACUGUCAACUGUCAGAGUGACGGAAGCUCCACCCACCACUAUCACGGGUACAACAACAUGGAUAACUGGGCCACUGAGCUCUACUGUCAGCCCCUUUGGUCCCAGCACGUCCAGGACAAGUAGCACCCCUUUUGCUAUCACACCCCUGUUCUGGCUCACGUCUUCCACCAAGCCCACUGAUUUCCAGCAGCCACUCUUCACCACCACUCCUGUGACCAUUGAGUCAGCCACCACCACCACCACUGCAGCUGAGACCCCAACCUCUGUAGAGGGGACAAGCACAAGCAGCACUCCUGUAGCUGUGCAGACCACUGAGGCCACAACACAUUCCACAGGGAUCACUCCAAUCGUAACGGCUUCCAUUCCCAGUCCUGCUCCUGUUUCUGGGACUUCUGUAGUUACAGAAAGAGCUACAGUUCCUACUACAGCUCUCUCUGCACACACAGACACCAGAACAAAGCCUUCAACAGUGGAAGGAACUACAACAACAUCCAUCCCACCUGGCUUACCAAGUACAGCCUUCACAACCAGUUCACCUCUUCCAGCUUCUCCUUUUGUGGAAACAGGAACUAUAUCUGUGCCAGAAAUCACUUCGACAAAGAUGACAGAAUCAGUCACACCAGCUGCAACUACUAGUAAAACAACACCACACAUGAGAACACCACCUGUUACCACAGAGAGGAUUUUGCACACAACCUCUACGGACCUGACAACUUCAACGACAACUGUUCCCGAGUUACCUGCGACAACCAUUAUCCAUGUUGCACCAACCACAGCUGCACCAACUCCCUCUACCUCAACUACUACAGACUGGAGGACACCCACAACGAAAGUGACCAUAACUGACUCCACUGCAUCUAUCACAACAACAGCUGUACCUUCACCUGAAAAGGUGACAACUCCUGUUGUGUCCACCUCCACAACCACUACUGAGAGAACCUCCUGGUCUGCAGCUGUCCCAGUUACGGAGAGAAUAACCACCGUCACUGCAACCUCAAGACCUCUGGAAAUACCAGAAAUAUCUACUGUGUCCACAGGACCUCUAGUCACAACAAGUCUUACAGAAACCACUCCGGAGUCACUAUCGCCCACAACUGAGAGCUCCACCAGUCCACCAACCACUAGGAGUACCUCUGAACCAUGGCGUCCCCCUCACUGGCAGACCUCCUCCACCCCAGUCGACAGACCCACAGUGGAGAUGACACCAGAAGUCAAAUCUGAAACUGCUGUCCAUGUGGUCACUUCCACUACAACUACUGCAGUCCCUCAUCUCCCAGUAACGACUGAGCUGACAUCAGUUGCUUCCACACCCACCACUGCCCAAGCUACGAGACGUCCUGAAAUCUCAACUGCAGAAAUCACAGCCAUCACAGCCAAGAAACCGGAUACACCCCCUCUACCUGUGCAUAUGUCCCCUGAGACACUUCUCACCACAGCCCCUACAAGUGUACCACCUGCUGUUGCUACCACAACACUAAGACCUGUCAUCAUUCAAUCGACUGCAGAGACAAUGCAUCCGUUAACAGGCAGAGUCCAGGUGUCAACAACAUCUACAACCACAUUACGUCCGUCUUGGUCUCCACUCCACACAACCACUUCUACAGCACCUCCAAGGACAACAACUAUCCUGGACAAAGUCACCACCCGGCUGGUGUCCACUUCAAGAGCUACACCUGGUACGACAACUUCCUCUGUCACACGGACACCCACUCUCAGGACGACACUUAGACUUCCUGUGACAACAAGAAUUACCCCCAGAAUCACGUCGACUGAGCACUCAACCGUCAGGCCAGUCACCGUAAGAAUUACAGUAGCAACAAGGCCAUCAGCAGUAACCACCAGAUCAACCACUGUUGGCCCACCAGCUCUUACACCAAGCCCUGGCACCACAACCACAUCAGUGACAUCUACAACCAUCACAUCAGCAGAGCCAGUUACUACAGCGAGCACAACCCAACCUCCUGACACAACCACAUCAGGCCCCCGCUCGACCACCAUAACUGCUCCAGUGCCUGGUCCUACUUUAACAACACCCACAACAUCUACAGCCAGCUCAGCUUUAGCCCCCAGAGAGUCAACCACACCUGAGGAAACUUUGACAAUUACAGAGACUGAUGUUUCACCAUCUGCAUCCCAGCCGGUGACGCCAGUGCCUGAUAUACUGAGCUCCACUCGACAACCCAGUAUUCCUACUUCUGCUACAACUUUACUUCCAUCAGCCACCAAAUCCCAAACGACUAUGCUGGACAGAGUCUAUCGUACAAGUCCAGGUGCAACAGCACCUCCAGCACCGCCUUCUCCUCACCCACCAGCAGAAGCAACCAGCCACACAACAGAAGGAGCAACAUCUAUUGCUGUAUUACCUACAAGGACGUGCACGCCUCCAUAUGCAGAGAUUGUUGAUGAAUGCACAAAGUACAUCUGUGUCAACAACCAGCUCAUCCUGUUCAACAAAUCCCAAAGCUGCCCUUACACUGCCGACCCACCGAACUGUGGCCUGCUUGGCUUUGCUAUCCUCGUAAACGGAGACAAGUGCUGCCCUAAGUGGGACUGUCCAUGUCGAUGCACAAUGUUCCCUGAUCUGAACGUGAUUACAUUUGAUGGGAACAGCUUUGCCAUCUACAAGGCUGCCACCUUUAUAGUGACCCAGCUGCCCAAUGAGACUGUCAGUGUUCUGGUUCAGGAGUGUCCCGCUGACUCGCAGUCAACACUCUUCUGGAAUUUCACCAACUUGUGUCUGGUGGCACUCAACAUCACCCAUAAAUCCAACCACAUCAUCAUCAACAGGCUGCAGAGGAGAUUAUACGUCAAUUCGCGGUAUGCUAAACCUCGAUUCAAAAAGUACGGCUUUGAGAUCUAUGACACAGGCAACAUGUACCUGAUCCGGAGCCCAGCUGGUCUCAAGCUGCAGUGGUACCACAGCACAGGCAUGAUGGUCAUUGACACAGACAGCUCCGGCAACAAGCUUUCCACCAUGGGCCUCUGUGGCUUCUGUGAUGGGGACCCAUCAAACGACCUGACUUUGGCCAAUGGCACCACAGUGGGUGAAAGUGAAGAUCCAGCUGUGUUCAUCGACAGCUGGCAAGUUCCCAACACCACAAGUUACAUCAGUCACAGCCGCCGCCGUGAGCUCAACUGCUCCACCAGUGACUGCUCCAGCUGCUUCUUCAUGCUGCAGAACCAGACCUUCACCCCCUGCCACACCUUUGUCCCACCCACCACAUUUUGUGAGGUUUGGGUUCGAGACUCAGAGUAUGUCAACAACCAGUGUGUGGCGCUGGCUGCCUACGUGGCUUCCUGUCACAAAUUCAAUAUCUGCAUUGAAUGGAGGAGUCCAGAUUACUGCCCCUUUGUGUGUCCUGAAACCCUGAGGUAUCAGGCCUGCCUGCCGGCCUGCACGUCUCAGUCCUGCCCAAACAACGACUUUGAUUCUGAUCCAGACCAGUGCUCUGGCCUGACUGAGGGCUGUGUGUGCCCUGAGGGAACCCUCCUUCACCGGCCAUACUCAGCCCUCUGCAUCCCACCUGACAAGUGCGCCUGCACCGACAGCGCUGGCAUUCCUCGUGCACACGGGGAGGUUUGGAAAGCCUCGAAGGAUGCCUGCUGCAUGUACCGCUGCGACAAUGACACCAUCAUUCCCGUGGAAUACAACUGCUCCAGCAUAGUGGCGCCUGUGUGCCGUCGAGCAGGGGAGGUGAUCAUCAGCCUGGCUGAUGACACCAGCUGCUGUCCCCAAAAAGUCUGCGUGUGUAACCAGAGCCUGUGUGACCAGCUCCCUCCUGAGUGCAAAUAUGGGGAGAAGCUGGUGUCAUACUACAGACAGGACUCCUGCUGUCCCGAGUACACUUGUGAAUGUGAUCCAGUGCUCUGUGAGUCGGACAUUCCCACCUGCAGAGAUGACCAGGUUCGGAUCGCCACCAGAGCUGAAGGCAGCUGCUGUCUCGCCCACAUCUGCAUGUGUGCUUCCUGUGUGGAGACGCCUCCCCUCUGCCAGGAUGGUGAAGUUCUGACUGUCGACAGCAACACCACAGAUCGCUGCUGCCCCACCUAUCAGUGCGUGUGUGAGCCCUACAGGUGCCCUCAGCUCACCUGUCCUGUCGGGAUGUCAGUGGCUUCUGUGUCCAGUCCAGGUCGCUGCUGUCCCAACCAAGCAUGCGAGUGUUCCUGUGAAAAGAUCGCCUCCCCAAAAUGUGGCCUGGGGGAGGCUGCCCAGCUGGACCGAGCCUUUCUGUCCGAUCCUCAGAACCAGUGCGCCUGCAAAAGAUACAAGUGUGUGCGUGAGGCUGUGUGUGUGCUUGGAGAGCGAGGAGUGUUGCGGCCCGGUCAGACUCUGGUGGAGCGCGGAGACGACGGCUUGUGUCACAGCAGGCAGUGCAGCCGCAGCCUCGACCCAGCGAGCGGCUUCCAUGUGCUCCGCACCUUCAGCGUCAACUGCUCUAACCAGUGCCAACCAAAUCAGAUCUACGUGCCUCCCAAAGAGCAGUCAACAUGCUGCGGUGUCUGUAAGAACAUUUCCUGCCUCUAUGAGCAUGAGAAUGGAACUACAGGUCUCUAUAAGCCGGGAAAAUCUUGGGUCUCAAGCUGCAUGAAGUUCGACUGCACAGACACUCUCUCUGGACCCACACUCAUCUCCUACUCCUUCAGCUGCCCUCCCUUCAACGAAACAGAGUGUAUGAAGAUCGGUGGGACUGUCGUAAGUUACAUGGAUGGAUGCUGCAAGACAUGUACUGGAUUCCCUCUCUUCCCUUUCCCUGUUAGCCCCCUGACUCCCACAGUUAACACAAACUGUGAAAGAGGCAAAGAAGACGGAAAGUCAUGUCAGAAGGUGACGGUGAGGAUGACCAUCAGGAAGAAUGACUGCCGCAGCAACAGACCGGUGAACAUCGUCUCAUGUGAUGGAAAAUGUCCUUCCGCCAGCAUCUACAACUACAACAUCAAUACGUACGCUCGCUUCUGCAAGUGCUGCAGAGAGACGGGGCUGCAGCGGCGCUCUGUGCAGCUCUACUGCAGUGGCAAUGCAACCUGGGUCAGCUACACUAUCCAGGAGCCCACUGACUGCUCAUGCCAGUGGUCCUAA